UCUGGUCCGAAGCCACGAUGGAUGCAAUACCAUGCCUUCUGCUCGUCCUCAUGUUUGGGACAAGGAUACAAGAAAAUACCGCCCUCCGGUGUUACUGUGACCGCUGCAGCGCCAACUCCAGCUGCACCACGGACGGAGUUUGCUUCGUCGGGAUCCGCAAGUCGGGCAGCAAGCUGACCAUCGAGCAGCGGCAAUGUGUGCACGAAAACGAGCUGAUCCCGCGAGACCGGCCCUUCAUCUGUGCCCCGUCCGUCAAACAGGACAGCGGCAUCUUCCCCAUGUGCUGCACCACGGACUACUGCAACAAAGAACCCAACUACGAUAGCAUCCCCGGACCCGAUGAUAACACCCCUCCCCUCGGCCCCGUGGCGCUCGCCGCCGUCAUCGCCGUCCCCGUGUGCGUGCUCUGCCUGCUGUUGGUCCUGGCGUUCUACAUUUGCCACAGCCACCGAGGGGCCGGAGGGGCCGGGGCCCACCACCACCACCACCACCGCGUGCCCAACGAAGAAGACCCCUCCAUGGACCACCCCUUCAUCACGGUGGGGACCACGCUGAAGGACCUCAUCUACGACAUGACCACCUCAGGCUCCGGAUCAGGCCUCCCGCUGCUGGUGCAGAGGACCAUCGCCAGAACCAUCAUCCUCCAGGAGAGCAUUGGCAAGGGGCGUUUUGGCGAGGUGUGGCGGGGUAAAUGGCGCGGCGAGGAGGUGGCCGUGAAGAUCUUCUCCUCCCGCGAGGAGCGCUCCUGGUUCCGGGAGGCCGAGAUCUACCAGACCGUGAUGCUGAGGCACGAGAACAUUCUGGGCUUCAUCGCUGCCGACAACAAAGAUAACGGGACGUGGACUCAGCUGUGGCUGGUGUCCGACUACCACGAGCACGGCUCCCUGUUCGACUACCUGAACCGCUACACGGUCACCGUGGAGGGGAUGAUCAAGCUGUCCCUGUCCACGGCCAGCGGCCUCGCCCACCUCCACAUGGAGAUAGUGGGCACGCAAGGGAAGCCAGCGAUCGCCCACAGAGACCUGAAGUCAAAGAACAUCCUGGUGAAGAAGAACGGGACCUGCUGCAUCGCUGACCUGGGUCUGGCCGUCCGCCACGACUCCGCCACCGACACCAUCGACAUCGCUCCAAACCACAGAGUGGGAACCAAAAGGUAUAUGGCUCCAGAAGUCCUGGACGACUCCAUCAACAUGAAACAUUUCGAGUCUUUCAAGCGAGCGGACAUCUACGCCAUGGGCCUGGUCUUCUGGGAGAUCGCCAGCCGCUGCUCUAUGGGAGGCAUUCAUGAGGACUACCAGCUGCCCUACUACGACCUGGUGCAGUCAGAUCCAUCCGUGGAGGAGAUGAGGAAGGUGGUUUGUGAGCAGAAGCUUCGGCCCAACAUUCCCAACCGCUGGCAGAGCUGUGAGGCGCUGCGGGUGAUGGCGAAGAUCAUGAGGGAGUGUUGGUACGCCAACGGCGCCGCCCGGCUCACCGCACUCCGGAUCAAGAAAACCCUGUCCCAGCUCAGCCAACAGGAGGGCAUCAAGAUGUAGACACAGCUACCAAACACACACACCUCUGACUGGCAUCCCCCUCCUCAUCGUGACAGCAUUAUUAUCUUUAUUGAUAUUCCCCUUUGGAGGGAACACUCUUUCUUUCUUUCUUUCUUUUUGUUUUUUGGUUUCUCCCCUUGUGCUCGUUUUUUUCUGUCAAACUGAUGCGUCCUAGUCGGAGGUGGACGGAGGGACCUGAUGAAGGAUGGUUGUGUCUGAGGCGUGAAAGGAAGCUCCACUCAUCAUCAUCAUCGUCCUCGACACCCGGGAGGCUCAUCAUCUGUACAUUAGCAUUUCAGAUCCUCCAACCGAGCGGGUGAAGCGUCUCCAGUGGGGCUGCAAGAGUCACAUUUACAUGUUUGAUUAAAGCGUUCACUUCUCUCAACGCAGACUUUAAAAGGAAGCAGACUUCACCUUGAUUAGGAUCCGAGAUGGUGCAGACGAAAAACAACAAAAUCCUGGUAGAAGACGAGGUGACGAGUCCAGUGGGUCUUCACCUCUUCAGCCCACAUCCAGCUAAAGUGCUACUGCAGCUAAAAAGACAUAGCUAAGGCUAAUGCUAGCAGCUUAGCGGAGAGAAGGAGGCUGCACAUCAGCUCCACUGUCCCAUCUACCACCAGGCUGUGGAGGACGAGGAGAUGCUACUGAUGGUGCUGAGGUGCAGCCUGGUUUUAUACAGGCUCUACAUGUCUGCAGCUAAAAGAAUCAGACGUACCAGGAUGUGACACGAAGCCUGGUCCGUCCCUGGUCUGUCCCUGGUCUGUCCCUGGUCCGUGGUCUCGUUGCAGCCCUACUCUUGACUCGUACCACGGUAGUGUUGCCCCCCUCCCCUCGUCCCCCCUCGUCCCCCCGCCCCAUAGGAGUCCACACAAACGUCGGCUUCAUCUGUCCGUCGCCUCGUCGACUUUCAUCUCUGCAACAGUUUUUUUUUUCUUUCGUUUCCCUCCGUCUCCUCUUGUAUAGCCCAAGGAGCCGGAACAGGUCAGUUUUAAUUUAUUGUCUUUUUGUUUUUCUGGUGGCAGGGGAUCUUCUUCUUCUUCUUCUUCUUUUGUUUUUUGUUUUUUUUGUUUUGCAAAUCUAACCUGGACAUGGUGACCUCAUUCAUUCUUUGGCGAACAUGCUGCAACAUAUGCAAUAUACAGUAGAUGUGAAUCGUGUCUAUUUUCUAUACUCUGCUCUGCUAAACCACAAAAAAACGGCGAGAACACCAACAGCAACAGCGUCGGUCAGCUGCCACCAUGCCUUCCAAGCCAGCUGUUAACCUGAAAGUGCCAGUGCUUUAAAACAAAAAAAAAAAAAAACCCAACUCCUCUCGCGUCGGCUGCUGUGGGGGAGCGCGUCUGUUCCUGUUCCCGGAGGCCAGCAGCUCGUACUAUGCACACCCUUCGACGUCGGGACUGACCAGCCGACAACUCUGGUGCCAUUUUUCAUCACACCCGACCGACCUCAGCAGCAGCAGCAGCAGCAGCAGCAGCAGCAGCUCCUCAUCGUACAGCUUGCUCCUUCAGCGGACUGGAGAGACAGAAGGAACUUCACGGUGGCUCUUUCAGCAUCACUGAUGUUGCCCUAUAACUACAAACUGUUUCUUAUUUUCUCUUUCAUGCAUUGCACCGUUGGCAGCGCAGCAGCGCAGUCAAUCAACCUUUCAAGUGUUUGGUUUUUUUUUUUACUUUUUGGUUUUUCUUGGAUAAUCAUCAAAAAGAGAAGAAAAAAGAAAAAAAGCAGUGAGGUACAUUCAUUUAAAUAUAGCAAAUGGAUAUUUACUAAGCCAUAGGUUUUCCAGGUUGUGUAUUAUUAUUAUUAUUAUUAUUUUUCCUCUUUUUAUUUUUAUUUUUUUUUCGUGAAAGGUCUUUUCUACUAGAAUGUACAUUUAUGAAAAACAACAACAACAACAAAACAAAAUGCUUCAAAUUGACAUUUUUGUCAUUUCAGCUUAGCAAAGCCUUAAGGGACCAACGCAUAAGAGUCAUGAUCUGCUCUUAUUUUAUUUUGUUUUUAAUGAAAAAGAAGAUAAAUAUAUAUAUAUACACAUA